AUGAUAAUAGUAGAGCUAGUCAGGGAUGCAGUCACUUCACCAACAAACAGAAACAACCCAAUAACACUGGAGAUCAAGGUUCUGACAACUCUACGCUACCUGGUCACAGUGAAAAUGCAGCUAUGCAUUGCAGACGAACUAGGUAUAUCUCAGUCAUCUGUCAGUAGAAUAUCACAUCAAACAAUAAAUGCCCUCUCCAGACCCCACAUCCUCCGACAAUUCAUACGGUUUCCUCUUGAUGUCCGCCAACUACAAAGAAACAAAGCCCACUUCAUGGCCAUAGCUGGACUACCCGGUGUAGUUGGUGCCAUAGAUGGGACACAUGUCCAAAUUAUUGCACCAUCACAAGAUGAACAUGCAUUUGUCAACAGAAAAAAAAAUCAUAGCAUCAACACACAGGUGGUUUUUGAUACCAGCUAUAACAUUUUUGACAUUUGCGCCAAGUGGCCAGGCGCAACACAUGACUCCCGGAUCCUACAGGAGAGUGGCCUGAGGCAGCUGUUUGAGAGGCAUCAUGUCCCAGCUGGAUGUCACUUGGUGGGGGACAGUGGCUAUCCCUGCAGGACAUGGCUCCUAACGCCUUACAUCCACCCACAAUCGGGACCUCAGUUCAAUUACAACAGAGCCCACAAGAAAACUCGCAGUGUUGUGGAAAGGGGCAUUGGGCAGAUGAAAUGUCGUUUUCAUGUGCUACAUGGGGACAUGUGGCUAACUCCUAAGAAAGCAAGCAGGAUCACCACUGUCUGUGCCAUUCUACACAACCUGUGCCAGCAAUGCAAUAUCCCACAGCCAGAGGAGUAUGAAGAUGAUGAUUAUGAUGUUGCUGCCACUGAUGAUGAUGAAGGCGGAGUGGCUGUUCACGUACUACGAAAGAUGCUGAUGGAGCAGGACCACCAUAAGCUGCUGCAGGACUGUCAGGAGCAGGGCCUGGGGAGAAGGGGGCAGGAGCCAGGGGGGCAAGAAGAAGGGGGGCAGGAGGGAGGGGGGCAGGAGCAUUGCCAUUAUUGGCAACAGAACUGUUGGCCCUAA